CCCCCAUCCAACCCGAAUAAUUGGUGAUCCGGUUCAAAGUGUGGUCCGAUCCAAGCUGGGGUUUAUUGAUUGAAAUUCUGCGCAAUCGCUUCUUCAAAUAGAGAUGGCAGCGAUAAUCUCAUCCUCCUCCUAUUCCCUAUUCAGGGUUACAACAACUGUACGAGCUUUGGCCACUGUCAGACCUCAAAACUCAUUUUUCCAAGCACACACCCUCUUUCGUCUUCCUAUUCAUUUCCGCAGAGCCAUGUCCGAUGUGAGGGCUAUAAAUGAUAAAGAAGCUAUGGCCAAAGCAGCUGCAGCCAGUGCCGAUAGUGGAGCUCCAACCAUAUUUGACAAAAUCAUUGCUAAGGAGAUUCCUUCCACCAUUGUAUAUGAGGAUGAAAAGGUCCUGGCAUUUCGGGAUAUCAACCCACAGGCUCCUGUUCAUGUUUUAGUCAUUCCAAAGUUCAGAGAUGGGUUAACAGAGCUUGGCAAGGCUGAAGCAAAACAUGGAGAGAUACUGGGCCAUCUUCUCUACGCUUCGAGAAUAGUGGCAGAGAAAGAAGGCAUCCUUGAUGGAUUCCGUGUUGUCAUCAACAGUGGUCCUACUGCAUGUCAAUCAGUUUACCAUCUCCACUUGCAUGUGCUUGGUGGGAGACAGAUGAAGUGGCCACCUGGUUAGAUCAGAUGGCAUGGAUUGGAUUUAUUACCCCGUUCUUCCAGAGAUUUGUCAUAAAUUUCCCAGAAUCUGAUAAUUUCUCUAUUUAUAAAUUUAUAUGGUACAUCAAAGAACAUCAUAAUAACCUAAAUCUAAGAGAUACUGGUUCAAACCUCUAGUCUAAACUAGUGUCAUUUUGUUAAAGAGCAAUAAUACAGGGUCUGGAACUCCAAAUCCGAAGACACAGGCUGGUGGGCCCCACACCAGUCAUUGAGUGGCUGUUUUAGAGUUUGGACUCCAAAACAUUUCUGUUUUGUUAAAAUUAACUCAGAAAUCAAGAGGGGGUGAUUCUUUAAUAAGUUAUUUUAUUUUAAA